GUUCUCUACAGUUUUUUGGGGCAAGCAUAGCUGUUUUUGGAAAGAACUUGAGCGACUAAUUAGCGAAGUAGUAGUGAUUGGAUGAGUGGCAAAGUAGUAGUGAUUGGACGAGUGUGGGUGAGGAGAGGGAGAAGUGGAUGAUGUGCAGCAGCAGAAGAAGACUGGAAGACAACGGAAAAGAAGAAGAGGAGGAGGAAGAAGAGGGAGAAGAGGGAGAAGGUAAGCUACAUAGUCAUGGCGGCAAUGCUCUUCACACGCAAUCGAAAGCACUCGUUUCAAUCUCAAUCGCGUACAAGAGAGUAAUUUUGUCACUCCGGGCACCCGUAAGACGUUACGCAAGAGUAAGAAGAGAAGAGUGGGUGAUCGCAAAGAAGAGGAGGAGGAGGUGUGAGGAAGAGGGGAGACAGGGAGGAGGAGGAGGAGGAGGAGGAGGAGGAGGAGAAGAGCGGAGAGAAGGAUGGCUGGUAGCUAUUAGCAACGAUGUUUCCCUGAACAUUCAUCGUCAUCGUGCGGCUGCUUGUCUGUCGGGAUCUCGUGCCUUAUCCGAAAUGGAUCGUGAAUUAAGAACGGUGGGUCCAUCGAGCAAUGGCGGAGCGCCACGUGGCACGUUUUUAAAUGAUGCUGACGACAAUCCAAUUGCAGAAACGAUUCAUCAGGGUGGAGAAGGAGGGAGAGGAACAGAAGCGCUAUCAGCGGAGUCGCGGUUUAUGACCUUUGGGAAGGCAUUGAAUUGUGUUUUGGCGUCCUGGAUUGCCGCACAGCGUAGGAUCGCUGCCGGGACCUAUCAGUUGGCUAACAUGGACCGCAAGAAAGUUAUUAUGGGGGUUCAGAAGGAAAGCGGAGCUGAAGGAGGAAUAGGAGUAGGAGGGGUAGGAGGAGUAGGAGUAGGAGGCGUAGGAGGGGGACAAGAGCAGCCCUCGCUCGGUGGAUGCAGCGGAGUUAGCAAGGUGUCUGCAACGAUGGCGACUGUGGGUGAGUCCUGGACGUUGACAUCAACAGGUUGUCAUGUUCCAACUCGUCGAUUGAGUGAUCGCAACACGAAAGCUGGGGCUGCGGUGUUUCCUUCCCUCCUUCUCGAAGGAGGCCCAGUUGAUGUCAAUGGAAAACCCUCGGAGGGAAACAUUGUCGAUGGCGGGGAGCAGCAGUGGAAGGUAUGUGCUCCUUGCACUUCUUCAGGAUCAGUAGCCGCAGCCGCCGGUGCCGCCGCCGCCGCUGCCACUGCAAUGGUCGCCACUGUAACAGCAGCAGGAGCAGGAGCGGCAGGAGUAGGAGUAGGAGUAGGUGUAGCUGGAGGAUCAAGGGCGAGUUUGAAGUUAGAGUUCUCAGGGAGUCAUCAUCGCUCCCAUCCGCUGUAUGAUCAGUCUCAUCAGUCCCAUACUAUUUUUAGACACCCUGCUAAGGGGCCGAGCUCGCGAAGGAGCACGCCCGGCAGCUUGUGUCAUCAUCAUCACCAUCACAAUUACCUUCCCCACCUGCCGCUUCGUGCCACUGCUACAGCUCCUCCUCCUCCUCCUCCUCCUCCUCUCUCUCCCCCUCUUCCCUCUCCGUCUGUUCCUUCUGCUCCAGGUGCAUCUGCUGUGCCUCCUCCUCCUCCUCAUUCAUAUCAUUCUUUCUCUCUCCAUCAACCUCAUAUUCAGCCGCAUUGCCUGCUGCCAUCUACCAGUGCACCCGCAUGCAGGUCUUUGCAUGCAAGUGUCCCAUCCCCUUCGUUGGCUGCGACCAUGGAAACAACAACGAGUACCGCAACGGCAAAGCGGAAGACACCAGGGGACUCUUUGCUACCGGCAGCCGAACAGGCCCCAUUUGUUGCUGUUGUUGUCCCAUCCCCAAUCAUGGCACAAGGGAAUUCUAAACUGACGAUGGUAGGGACCAUUCCCAACUCUAUUCCUUUGUCAGAGAACUGUCCCAAUGGUACCAACUCGAGAGAUCGGGACCAGUCGGACUCAGAAGCCACUAUUCCUAUGGUCGUAAGCUGUAGUGAGGACGACGACGAGGAUACCGAGGACGAUGAGGAGGUGCAGAAAGUCCAGGCGGAGCGUCAAAAGCAGGUGCUUUCGGCGAACAAUGUGAGCCAUUGUGCCCCGGAGGCUGCAGCAUUACAAGGGUGGGUGACUUGCUAUUGUAUGCCCAAUGCUCCCAAUGCAGAAGCUGGAGCCAAAGUGCCUGCGGCUGCCGGCGAGAUGAGCUCAGAUGCGGCGGCGCAGAUGUCAGCCGCGAAGUCGAAGGGACGGGGUUCUGGUGCUUUCAAAGCGCACAAUGACAUUGACUUAGCUGCGUUGACUGCAGCCAGGCUGAAGGAGCGUGGGGGUGGGCGAGCAAUCAAGGGGAAUGGUGAGAGGCUGCGGCGCCGACGUGCUCCGCCAAUCAAAGAGGAGGAGGAGGAGGAGGACGACGACAACGAUGACGAUGAAGACGACGACGACGAUGAUGAUGAUGAUGACGAUGAGGAGAUGGAUAAGGAGAAGACAGAAUGCAAGAAAGGUGCGUAUUACGCUCGGCGGCGUUUGGUCAAGAGGGGCAACAACAAGAUUGCCGAGACGACAGCGACUGGCUUGAGGAUGACCGUGCGAGGAGGGGCUGGAACCGGCAGGACGGCGAGAGUGUAUGGGCAGCCGUCGGUCACAAAGCGCCAUAACAAGUCGGCACCGAUGUCUGGCGGUGCCCCUCACCUAGGAAACCUCCAUGGGCCACCAGGUGGGAGCGCAAUGGGAACAGUUGCUGCCACAAAUCAACAGAACGUGACGCGAUCGGCUACGGUGAUGGCUGCAAUGUCAGCAGCCAAAGAUCCCCCUAGUCGGCAAGGACCUGAGGCAGCCCAAGGUAUGCGUAGAGGAGAGGGUGCAGACCGCGGUGCAGAAGCGGGGUUGGUACGGGGCUCAUUUCUGUCCGACUCAGACGCUACCGGGGGUGGGGGGUUGCCAAGAAAGGUAGGGGGUUCGCGGUCGUCGGUGACAGGGACACGACGAUCCCCCAAUGUUGUCCUGAACGGACCCGGUGCGAUGGGUAGCUGUGCGGGAAGGACUGGGGUAGGAGGGGGAAGGAGGGGUGUGGGAGGAGAAACCUGUCAUCCAAGCAGAAGUGCGAGCUCCAGCUGGAGUCUGCAGGGCUGCAACAUUUCUGCAGAGCGCAGUCCUGCUUCUGACAGGAAUGCAGACCGAGAGGGUAACACUGGCGAGCCAAUGGUGCUGGACGACGAUGGGGAGAGGAGGGGUACCACGCCGCGAGACCGACGUCAUAACCAGGAUGUUGAUGACGAUCGAGGCACCAGUGCAUGCCAUGGUGGAGAUUUAAAAAGGGGUUGCAAUGCAGCUGGUGUCAUGGGGGGAGGUUCGGAAGCAGGGAGCCCUCCAAAUAACAAGCCAGGAUGUGGGGGACCACGAGUUUGCGUGGAAUGUGGGACUAGUAAGACCCCUCUGUGGAGGAAUGGACCACGUGGGCCCAAGUCGCUGUGCAAUGCCUGUGGGAUACGAUACAAGAAGGCGGGCAAGCUGAGGGCUCUAGAGGGUAAGGGGAUGGACAGCAAUGAGCCGAUUAUCAUUCCUCCUGGUGGGAGAGCCAAUCGUACCAAUAAGAAACCGGUGGGGGGCAAGAAGUGCAAGCCCUCGGACAAUCAAGAAGUGACUCCAGCUUCUGCCACACUAGCAACACCGGGACCUGUACACGGUUCUGAGGAGACCGCAGCUGUGGCAGUCGCCAUCGGAAAGCCGCAGGAUGGGCCUGUGGUCGCCGGGAUGCGGAAGCGAACAUCGGCAGCAUCCGUCGAGUGCCCUCAGCAGAGUCAAGCAAUGAGGAAGGGAAAUUCACAGAAUGCCUCGGCUCUAGAAGGUGUGGCCAAGCCGAGAGGAAUACUGUGGGCGGGGUCUACACAAAUCAAGAAGGGUUUGUUCCUUGCCGACCCACCGGGAUGCGACGGCAGCAGGGGGGGAGGAGGAGGAGGACUGCCAGGAGGAGGAGGAGGAGCAGGAGGAGAAAGAGGAGCAGGAGGGGCAGGAGGACGAGGAGCAGAAGGAGGUCAGUCGGCAGCAACAGGUGAUCAAAGAAGAGAUGUAAGGGAGGAUGUACCACCUGCAGAAAACGUCUCGCCGUCAAAAAACGGUUUGGCGAAACCCAAUUGUAUGCCAAAAAACGAUUGCCCUUCAAGAAACGAUUUCCUGUCGAAGAAGGAUUUGCAGCCGAAAACCGAUUGCCCAUCAAAAAACGAUUCAUCCUUGAAAAGUGGCUUGCUCUCGAGGAACGGGUUGUCGUGGACUGAGAGAGACGAGGAGGACGAAAGAGUGGAUGAUGACGAGGGCCGCAUUGAUCGAACGGGGAGCAGUGCAGACAGCUGUGUAACUCUGCAAGGAUCCCCAUCAACUGCCAGCUGGCCAUUGAAAACCAAGUGGAAGAAGUUCGCUAGGAGCGAGGCUAUGGCUGCGGAGGCUCUGUUUCCGCGUGUCUCAAGUCCGCCUGUGCCGACGCCCGCUGAUCUCCGCUCUCGAUGUAUGGAACCGCCUGGGAACUGGGGAGGGAAAAAGCGAGCGAGGGUUGUGGACAGAGUGGGGGAGUCUGCCCCUGGCAUUGCGCCGCAACAUGCCCUUGGGAGCGAUUGCGAGGAUCAGAAGGCGAAGCCGCGGAUGGAGUUCGACUUCUUGCAAGAGACAGAUUCCGAAGGCCAUGGUAUGACUGACGAAGUACAGGGUGCUAUUCUUCUGAUGGCCCUGUUCAAGGGAUGCCCUUGCCCGGCUUGACGGCAGGAUUUCUGUGACGGAAAGAGCCGUCUCAAGCAGGUCCUCGAAGGAGAAGGAGAAGGAGAAGGAGAAGGAGAGGGAGAGGGACACGUGGUGCAACAGUGCAAGUGCCAAGGAAUAGAGACCGACCCCGGAGUGGUUGGGUGCAAGGAGAAGGAGAAGAGUAGAAGGAGAAGGAGAGGGACACGUGCAAGCGCAAAGGAAUAGAGACUGACUCCAGAGUGGUUGGGUGGUCACUGGAUUGGAUUCGUUGAUCGACUGUGAUGGAAGAUG